AUGUCCGCCUCAUCGUCCGCGAGUUCACCGGACGAUCCAUUGUCUGCUCAUGCAGCUGGUCGCCACGCCGCGUCCGGCGACGAGGGCCCGAACGCCAACUCGCAUACAACGCCCAAACAGCAUCGUAGCCGGCAAGUCUCAACGAGCUCGCGCAACACACCAUCUCGCCUCUCUUCGAACAGGCAACGCAUUCCGACGCUCGAGCAUGCGGACCUGUUCACCCCUGCUUCCACCGAUACCGGUCUCGUACAUCGAUCUGCUCAAGUAUCGACUGAUGCGAUGAACCCACACCGCCUCGUAAAGAUGUCUGAAUUUACAAAACCGUCACCAAUUCGUCAACGCGCUGGCAAGAGCAAGUCCAUCCAGCCGAUCGCCGCUCGCACAGAUGAGGACGAGGACAUCAACCGGCUACGGCCCCCUUCCUUCGCCGAGUCUCAAUUUGCAACCAUCAUUCGUCGUCAGAGGAAGAGGAGGGUCGUGUCGCCAACUACCAAUCUUGACGCAAAUGGCAUCGCUUCUGUCCUCGACCUCGAAGCUUCCACGAUCCUCGACGCAACAACGUCGAAGCAUCAAUCCACAACUGAUGCCUCCAGGAGCGACGAUCUCACCGCGUCCGAAUCCGGCUGGGGUCACGCUCUUCGCCACGGCGAGCUCAAAGCGGCUCCAGGUCUACAGCCCGAUGCACCUACCACCACCCUCGCAUCGGAUCGCCAAGACCCACUUAUGGCCAUCCAUCGAGCAUGGGAAUUUGCCGGUUGGGGCUCCAUUUCGCUUCUCGAGCUUCCUUCACCAGCCUCAAACUUGCCAAUAUCAAGCGCCGCUGAACCACCACGCCUUCAGCUUGGGCAGUGGAAAGCUUCGGCCAUCGCAGGCAAUGCCGUCACCGGUUCUGUCUUUUACGCCCUCCCAGCUGUCGUGGCAGUCUCAUCCGUCAUGUCGCCCAUCUCGAUCUUCGUUGCGUGCCUGCUGCUCUACCCCUUCCGCCCCAUCAUCUGCGAGCUCGCCUCUGCCUUAUCUGCAAGCAACGCAGGCAACUAUUCGUAUCUGACCAACAUCUCCUCCAAGCUCGUAGCUGUGCUGGCUGCUGCCAUCACGCUUCUUGAUGCGGUCGCCACCGGUGCUGUCAGCGCCGGCACCGCAAGCGCUUACAUUGAAGGCGAGAUGCUCACCAGCCACACCCACAUCGAUGGUCGUGUCAUUUCGAUCCUCCUACUCGUCGGACUUGCAGCGCUCUGCUUGCUUGGAAUGCGCGACUCGAGUAGCGUGGCGCUGGGCAUGUUUGUACUCCACGUCGUCACCAUGUUCAUGCUCAUCGUUGCCGGACUCGUUGCCUGGAUCCGUACCGGCAAUUCGCUGCUGCACGAGAAUUGGGCCAUCGGCAUGGCUGCCAUACGUGAUCCUUCGACGGGGAAAGGCAUUGCGCGCGCCAUUUUUGACGGCGUCUGCGUCGCCUUUGUUGGUCUAACCGGCUUCGAAUGCAGCCCGUCCUACAUCAACCAGGUCAAGCCCGGCGAGUUUCCCAAGGCGCUUCGAAACCUGCACAUCAUCGUCUUGCUCACCGAGGCGCCCCUCAUGCUGCUCGUAAUUGCUCUCGUCCCGAUGCAGGCCAUUCUGAGUGGUGCCAACGUGCUUUCGCUGUUAGGACAGGUGGCUGGAAGAGGCGCUUGGCUCAAGAUCUUUGUAGUCAUCGACGCCUGCCUGGUUCUCUGUGGUGGCAUCAUCACGGGGAUCGUCGCCUUUUGCGGCCUUGUGGACACGCUCUGCGACGACAGGGUCGUCCCUCGAGCCUUGCAGCGUCGGCUGCCCAAGACCGGCGCCACCUACCCUUCUGUUGCCCUCUUUCUCGCCCUGACGCUAGUGAUGAGCGCCACGUGCGGCUUCAACCUGACCACCCUGUCUUCGGUGUUCAGCGUGUCCUUCCUCUGCGUCAUGACGCUGUUCGGAAUCUCGCUCGUGCUGCUCAAGUAUGCGCGACCUUCACUGCCGAGAUCUCCUAUCGCUCAUCUGUCAGUCGUGCUGCUGGGUAUCGGGACCGGAAUCACCGCCAUGGCUGGCAAUUUUGCGCUGUCUCCUGUCAUCAUUGUUCAGACGCUCGUCUAUUUUGUCGCCAUGGCCGCGGUGCUCAUGGCGUUGGCUCAAAGGGUCGACCUCGCUCGCAUUACAGUGUGGCUAGUAGAGCAUCAGCGCUCUUCGUGCCUCGGGCGGCUUUUGUCGAGGCUCGAAAAGAGACUUAUUGGCUGGAUCCGCAGUGAACGCAAUCACCCGGUCAUCUACUUCACCAAGUCGGACGACAUCUCGGUGCUUGCCAACGCACUCUACUACAUCAAACGCAACGAACCGACGUCCAAGUGCAAAUUGGUGCAUUGCUACAAGUCGAUCGAAAACAUUCCAGAACAACUUGACGAGACGUUUCAGCUGGUCGAUGAGAUCUUUCCCACCGUCACGGUGGACCUGGUAUUCGUCGAAGCACCUUUCACACCGCAGGUGGUUCGUGCCAUCGCUGAUCGCCUCGGCAUUCCCCUUUCGCGAUCCUUCAUCUCGUGUCCCAGCGGUCGUGGUGCGCUCAUCUCCUCGCAACAUCCACUCUGCGAUUAUGGCGGUCUGCGCAUCAUUCUGCCUUAG